CGACAGUCGAUUUGACGGUGAGGGAGAAAUCGACCGCUCACACACACUUUCCCCUCACUAGUCGACGCGUUCCUCAAUUUAAAAACGCAACUUUUUAAUUUUUAAAAAUCGAAUAAAGAUUACGCCCGCAAACAGAUGGCGCGAGUUCUAAAAUUAAAUCGAAAAAAUGUGAAAGUGAAUGCUAUUUUUUAAUCGAUUAAAACAAAUUAAUUACCUAUGUUAAAAAAAAAUAGAAUUUUUUAAAAUCGAAUGAAGAUUACGCACACAAAAAAGAUGGUGCAGAUUAUAAAAUAAAUAUACAAAAAAUGUGAAAAGUGAAUGCUAUUUUUAAAUCUUAUUAUUAUACGGUUAAAUCAAAUUUAUAAAUGCUUAAAAAAUUAUAUGAAAUUGUUACGCUGUGAAGUUGCGUCAGCCAAUGCGUGAUGUGACCUAGAUGUGAAAAAAAAAGUUUGGUUCACGGUUGUAAGUAGCUCGAGUUCUUGAUGAAGCCGUUACAAGAUGAAGCCCUUUAUUAAACAGGCGUUCGUGGUAUCCGGCGCAGCGCUGAACAUCGUGGGUCACGGCUGCGCGCACGGCUACCCAGCUGUGCUGUUCGCGCAGCUCAUCACCGACGGAGGCCCAGUCACGCUGACCGAUCAUGACACGUCCUGGAUUGCGUCAGCAGUAGGCGUGAUGGGUAUCGUCGGUAACUUCAUAUCACCAGUCCUCAUGACCCGCUUUGGCAGACAGAAAUCUCACCUCAUCUGUACCAUCCCAGCGUUACUCGGCUGGAUCGUAUUCGUUCUAGGAAACUCUGUACCACUUUUCUUACUAGCAAGAUUUUUGCACGGACUUGCAUUAGGUCUACGUACUCCUUUAGCUGCCAUAUUGGUAGCAGAAUAUACAGAACCCAAAUACAGAGGAGCAUUUCUGGGAACUUUCGCUAUAUCUUUAGGAUUAGGAAUUUUGUUAUCGCAUGUCUGGGGAGCGUAUUUGUCUUGGAAAAAUACUGCUAUAGCCUGUUCCUUAUUUCCUUUAAUUUCCAUGGUAAUAAUAAGUUUAUCCCCUGAAUCAGCGAGUUGGUUGAUUUCCAAAGGCAGAUUUGAAGAUGCUAAGAAAGCUUUUAGAUGGGUACGUGGGGAAGGCGAGGCGCAAGUAAAAGAAUUAGAAUCCAUGAUCAGAGCGCAAGAAAGAGAGAUUCAGUCAGCAGAAAUGAGGAAGAACAGACAAGUAAGAAAGGAGUUUAAGAUAAACAGGAUUUUCCGGUCAAUAACGGAUACACUUAAAACUAUAAUGAGGAUAUUUAAGAAGAAAGAGUUUUAUAAACCUUUGAUAAUAGCUAUAUGUAUGUUAAUUGUGUUUGAAUUUGGUGGAGCACAUAUGGUGCCGGCAUAUGGAAACUUAAUUUUACAAGCAGUUUUGGAUAAAAGCGACGCUAAAGAUGUAGCGUGGCAGUUUACUGUAAUAGAUUUGUUACGGACAGUUUGCGCUUUACUCGCUAUAUUUUUACUCAAAACAGUUAAAAGACGAACAAUUUUAUUUACUAGUGGUGCUAUGACAGUUUUGUCUCUUGCGUUAAUAUCUGCUUUUGUUUACUUGAGGAAAGCUGAGAUUAUUACUCAGACUUGGCUGUUGGAUACUGUACCUAUGACUUUGAUGGUUCUUUAUAGUGUAUCAUUUUGUUUAGGCUUAGUACCUUUAAACUGGGUAAUUUGUGGAGAGGUGUUUCCUUUGACGUACAGAAGUUUAGGGUCAACGUUAUCCACUUCAUUUUUGACCCCUGCUUUUGUUGUUUCUAUGAAAACAGCUCCUCACUUUUACUCCUCUAUAGGCGUAGAAGGUGCUUUCCUAGUCUAUUCUGCUACGUUGACAGUAUGUCUGUUGGUCAUGUACGCGAUGCUGCCAGAGACAAAAGACCGUACUCUGCAAGAUAUAGAAGACAGUUUCAAAGGCAAAAAGAAUUGUGAUAUCGAAGUACAACUAAGUUUAAUGGACGAUAAAAGUAACCUAGUUAGUAAAUAAGAACCAAAUUAUUUAACAAUAGUAUAAACAGUAAUAAUAAGGUUAGCAAAAAUUUAGCGCUAUUAUUAUACUACCUAAACACAAUCCAAUAUACACUAUUUGUCUUAAGCUUGUAGUUUUAGUACAAAACUCAUCAAUGCCUACGACGCGACGUAGCACUGACCCCGCGGCACCUAUCUACGCAACGUUCGUAAA